AUGGGACAAACUAAAAGUUCGACUAGUCAAGAUGGUCUCAACAAUCAAUCAGAUUCUAUUGCUAAAAUCGAUGAACAGGACACUUUCGUUGUAUCAACACCCUUGUAUGAUCAUCAACUAUCAAAACGAUGUGAACAUAUUGAUUUUGAUGUUGAAGCUUGGUAUAAUAUUUUAGAAUGUCAAACAUUUCAUACUGAAUUUCUUUCAAUUUCUCCAUCGACUGCCAGAGCUUUUGUCAAUUAUUAUCAAGCACGUUACAACUCAAAAAGAUUUUUCAAUACUAAUGAUUUACGAUUAAUUCAAUCAAUACAACGUCAAUUAAAUCAGAAAAUAUUCAAUUUAGGAGCCAAUCGAUUUCAAAUCAACGGCAAUUUUAUUCGUUUAAGUUCAAGAAGUCCAAAAGACGGAAAUCCUUUAGAUUCACAAAAACUAGUUCAACUCUAUCAUCAAGAAUUAGAAAUUUUAAAGGUAAAAUAUCCAAAUGAAUAUGAUUCAAUUGAAGGCAAGGCCAAUAUGCAAUUGAUUGCUUACUCUAAUGCACAAAUGCGAUGCUUAAAAGUUACAAAUGAAAUUGAGGCAUUGAAUCUUAUAUUAUCGAGUGAAAGAAUUUUUAUUGAUUUAUUAGAAGCACUCAAUUGUCAAGUUGUGCACGAUAAUAAAACUAUUAAUAUUAAUAAUAGAAAACUCUACGAUUGGAGUACAAAAAUCAUUAUUCGUGAGUGGAACAAUUUACUGGAUCCAUCAAUGGAAUUUCGUUGUUUUGUCUAUGAUUCAAAUCUAACUGCAAUAUCACAAUAUAAUCACUAUUGUAAAUUCUAUCCUUUGCAAAAUGAUACUACUGUUCAAAACAUAAAAAAUACAAUUAUUCAAUAUUGGCAACAAAAGAUCAAACCACUGUUAGAUCCGUUCAAGGAAAAAUAUUCUAAGUACAUCAUCGAUAUAGGAUUAAUUGAAAAUAGUUUAUCUAAUGAAAUAGAAUGUGUUGUGAUUGAAUUAAAUCCAUUUGCGCAAACAACCGGGCCAGGUUUAUUUCAUUGGAAAGCUGACAUUCAGCAACUAAUAGGACAAAAAGAUGGCAUUGAAAUACGUGUUCGAUCAAAUUAUUUAACAGAUAUUGAUCGCUAUGUUGAAUUUAUUUUCGGGGAGAAUAAACUGAAUACAGAAAAUAGUUCAUCAUCAGACGAUGAAGAUCGUACACCCUAUUUUGUAUUCCUAAAUAAAAUGGAAAAACAAUUUUCUUCAUAA